CUGACAAGCUCCGACCUCCUCAUCAUCCUCUUCAUCCUCCUCCUCCUCUCCUCGCGCAGUAUUCCAGCGUCCGCGUCCAAGGCCAGCAGGACCAUGAUGCUCAGCACCUCGGUGGAGGUGUCCAGUCCGGGCGGUCUGAGCGCAGCGGCUCGGAACGUGGUGCGCUCGUCCAGCAUCUCGGGGGCCAUGUACAACCUGGACAAGAGUCCGGGCGGAGGCAGCGGGGGUCCUGAGACCACGUCGCUGGCCGGCAACAAGAAGCGGCGCUCCAGCCUGGGCGCCAAGAUGGUGGCUAUCGUGGGAUUGUCCCAGUGGAGCAAAAGCACACAGCAACUCAACCAACAUGAUGGCGGCACCAAGAAACUGCGCAGCACCAUCCGACGAAGCACAGAGACUGGCAUCGCCGUGGAGAUGAGGAACCGGGUGACACGGCAGGGCAGCAAGGACUCCACCGACGGCAGCACCAAUUCCAACAGCUCCGACGGAACGUUCGUCUUCCCCACCACGCGCCUCGGGCCCGAGAGCCAGUUCAGCGACUUCCUGGAUGGGCUAGGCCCCGCCCAGAUCGUCGGGCGGCAAACACUAGCCACACCUCCAAUGGGGGACGUCCAUGUCGGCAUGGUGGACAGAGGAGGUCAGUUGGAGGUGGAGGUCAACCAGGCCCGAGGCUUGAUCCCCAAACCGGGCUCCAAGAAUACACCUGCGACCUACGUGAAGGUGUACGUUCUGGAGAACGGCCUGUGCUUGGCUAAGAAGAAAACCAAAGUGGUGAAGAAGAACCUUGACCCCAGCUACCAGCAGCCUCUGUUGUUUGACGAGAGUCCUCAGGGCAAAGUCCUCCAGGUAAUAGUGUGGGGCGACUAUGGACGGAUGGACCACAAGUGCUUCAUGGGAAUGGCCCAGAUCCUGCUGGAGGACUUGGACCUCUCCGCCACGGUCAGUGGUUGGUACAAGCUCUUCCCUACCUCUUCCCUGGCGGACCCCAGCAUCGGGCCCCUCGCUCGCCGCCUCUCGCAGUCGUCCCUGGAGAGCGCCACCAGCCCCUCGUGCGCCUAAAGCUGAGUCCCGCCAGCGCUCGUACUGUACAUAGCACUCAAGACUGUACUUGACGAGACACACAUUAGGAAACCCCCAAUCCAUGCCACAUAUUCGACCAGGAAACGUAGCAUUCCCCUCCUCCAUUACCCACGGUGCCAUAACCUGCAUUCCACGGUUCCGCAAUUCCAUACUUUUUAAACUCUCUACGCCAAACGAAGGGAAAAAACUUUAUUUUUUAAAACCAAAGUAAUUGUUAUUGUUGGUGUCGAUGUAGAAGCAAGUAGAGUAUGGAGAUGUAGCAGAGACAAUGACUCCCAGGGCCAAACGUUGACAUAAUGGAAGGCACCACUGCUAUUGUUGUAACAUAUUUAUACAGCUUGCUUCAUGUCUCUAUUGGCUGCAUUCUGCAUGUCUGCUUGCAACCUUUCCUUCAGCCUAAGAUGGUGCCACAUUGUUUCUAUUCAGGGUGGACGCUGGAUAAAAACACCAACACUUUCUGGGAAAGGCGCCUCAAAAGGUCCCCGAUUAUGCAAAACUGUAACAGAAAUACGUGUAAAUCGAGCCUGUUUAUGACCAUCAUCUCCCUCACUUGUUUGCUCCACCUUUGAGGGAAGAGGAGAUUCUCUGCGGAAUUGUUCCAGGUUUUUAUGGCACAUUUUGAAAAAGGACACACAAAAAAAAGAAGUAGGCUUUGCUACACGUCUUAAAAUAACACGUAGAGCUUCGCCACCUGAACUUCAUGACAUCAUGAAGAAAAAAAGCAACAACUUUUGGACAUCAGCUUGAGGACAGCUUUAUGAAAAAUGUUCAUAAAAAAAGCAGGCUUUGCCGCACGUCUUGAAAUCAGACCGAGACCUCCGCCAACUAAUGUUGUUGACGUCAGGAAGGAAAACAUUUAUGACAUCAACUUGAGGACGGCUUUAUAAUUAUUACUUGUUUAAACAGCAGGCUUUGCUACACGUCUUGAAAUCCAACCGAGACCUCCGCCAACUAAUGUUCUUGACGCCAUAAAGGAAAAAAUGUAUGACAUCAACUUGAGGACAGCUUUAUUAUUAAUAUUACUUUUUUAAACAGUAGGUUUUGCUACACAUCUUAAAAUACAACUUAAUGCUCAGCCCAUUGGGGUUUCAUGACCUCAUGAAGGAAAAAUGGACAUGAGCUUGUGGAUAUCUUCCUGAUAUGUAUGUG